CAAAAACAAAAAACCGGAAAAAGAAAUCAAAACGCCGUCGUUCAUUCUUCUUCCUCUCCCAAACGAACUUACUCUCCCUCAUUCAUUCCACACAACGAUUCCCAAGGCCAACCGGCAAAAUCAAUUUCCCUCGCCGUCCAUCCCCUCCCCCAACAAUUGUAACAGCGGAUUAACAUCUGCAGAUUGAGAUCGACAACUCCAUAUUCGACGCUACAGUUGCCAAUCGACCCGACGAGGUCAGAUCGCAAAUUGGUAAAGAUGAGCUUGGGAUGGAGGAUUUGAAGCCAAAAAAUGGAGGGGUUAGAAGUAGAUUUGAAGCCCAUAUUCGGGCAGCCCAGGGUGGAGGGGCCGGCUAAUGCUUUGACUCCGCCGCGGCAGUUCCUGUUCCACGUCCAUGGCUCCACCGCUGGUCCUGCGCACCUCAGAAUCCACGUCACCGAUUUCCACUCCAGUCACUGGGAGGCCGUGCGCUCCGUCUCCCAGCUCGACGACCUGAGGGACAGCAUUGGCAUAGGAGGGUCUUGGUCAGAGUUCAUAGAAUAUCUUGUUGCUUCCCUAAAGUCUCAAGACGUAAAGCUUUCUUUCGAUGAUGGUUGUGCACAUGCAAAAUUAGUUGCUCAAAAAUCAAAAGGAAUGCCUCGAAUUUCCAUUUCUCUCACAAAACUUGUGGGUACUGCUGCUAGUGAAGCUAUUGCAAAUCUAUCUCUUCAGCUUUUCGGAGAAUUUAAAAACCUCCAUGAGUCUUACGUGGAAGAACAACAGCGCUCUGUUGAAUUGUCAAAAGUGAUAUCAGCAGAAAAGGAAAAAAAUGCUAGUAUUCAGAGUCAACUGGAACAGUAUACAAGAAGGCAAAAGUUACAAAGGAUUAAUUCCUCAGAUAGAGCAGAUGCUUCUGGACUAUUCAGCAAUGGUGUAAAUAAUUCUCCAGAGAAACGAGCAGCUCGUGAUGCCAACUCAGCAACUGCCAAUCGGGUUGUGCCUGCAUAUCGUAGGGCAAAAGUAAGAGGUGCUGUUCUGCAGGAUACAGAAGAUGAACAGAAGUGAGUGCUCCUGUUAGCUGACAAUUUGUUGAGCGCCCGGUUCUGGAAAAAUGCAUUUUAAGAGUGAGUUUGUUUGUUUGGUUUCUACUUGUAAAUUCAACAGUUGAGAGUUGAAUAGUUUCAAGGAAAGGUUAUGUUUUGUAGCA